AUGAUGGUGGAGUCACUGGAAGGAGGGGACCUCUGCAUCCCUUCCCUCAACACCACCUGCAGGCCAAUGUCUGUUACUCACAGAGCCAUGCUCAUCAAAACACUGCUGUCCUGCUUCUGUCUGCUCACUGUGAUGCUCAACUUGUUGGUUAUCAUCUCCAUCUCCCACUUCAGGCAGCUCCAGACCCCCACCAAUCUCAUCCUCCUCUCCCUGGCUGUGUCUGACUUGCUGGUGGGCCUUGCAUCAAUGCCACUAGCAAUCAACAAUCUGGUGUCCUGCCAGAAUAUUGACAAAAUCUCAUGUGCUUUGUCGUACCUUCUGGCCUUCAUCCUCACCUCUGCCUCUGUUGGGAGCAUGGUGCUCAUAGCAGUGGACCGCUAUGUGGCCAUUUGUUACCCUCUGCGUUAUUCUUUCAUAAUAACAACCAGCAGAGUUAAAAUGUGUGUGUGUCUGUGUUGGAUGUGUUCUGUUAUCUACAACCUUAUCAUAUUGAAGGGUAACUGGUCACAAAUAGUUUUGUCUAAUCCUUGCCACGAAGUAUGUACAAUUAUAAUAGACUACAUUUCAGGAGCAGUAGACUUGAUUCUCACCUUUUUCGGCCCUGUUAUUGUGAUCAUAGUUCUCUACGUCAGAGUGUUUGUGGUGGCUGUGUCACAGGCUCGUGUCAUGAGGUCUCAAAUUUCAGCUGCCAAAUCAAAUACUGUGACUGUUAAGAAAUCUGAACUGAGAGCUGCUAGAACUCUUGGUAUUGUCCUCCUUGUGUUUAUAAUUUGUCUCUGUCCAUACUUCUUUCCUUCUAUAACAGGACAGGACACCACAACUGAUGGGAAUUCAUUAGCUCAAAUAUUUCUGUUCUAUUGCAACUCCACCUUCAAUCCUCUGAUCUACGCCUUUUUCUACCCCUGGUUUAGAAAAUCUGUUAAACUCAUUGUCAGACUUCAGAUCCUGCAGCCAGGCUCUCGUGAGUCCAAGAUAAUGUAGAGAUGAGACGUGUACUGUGCAUAAACUGACUUCCUUUCUGAAGGUAAAUUCAGCCUAAUACAGUCAGUUGUUGCUGAACACAGUGAAGGUACAAUGUUAUGACAUAUAAAUGGUUUUACUUU